CUUCGAAGAGUCCACAUAAUUGCGUUUUAUCUUCACCUUUUUCUCUUCCUUUUUUUCCUAUCUUCUGUGUUGUGUGCAAAUCUCUUUAAGCCCUUUUGGUUUCAGCCUUUUUUUUCUUUCUUAUUUGUAUUUUCAGUGCCUUAUAGUCAAGCAUGCAAAGCUCGAGACAGCAGACCAAGUACGAGUGCUAGGGGUUUUCCCAUUUUCGCAGAGAUAGUGUGGUAGAGAGGGAGAGAAGGAUAGAGAACGAAGAGCUAAGCAGGAGGGAAGGGUUAUUGCUAGCCUUCUUUCUCUUUCUUUCUCUCAAAGAAAACCAGGGAGAGGGAGUUGGAGACAAUUGGGUUUGGCCUUUUGUCUCCUCUAUCCUCUCUUUUUUUUUUCUUUUUUUGUUUCGCAGAUUUUUUCUUCUGCGUUUAAGCGCUGAUUUCAGGGUUGUUUUGAGAGACACAGCUUGUUUUCUGAAGCAGUUGGGUUGUGGAAUUUGUGCGUUGAAUGGAAAUGAGUGAAUGUGAUUGUGGUGUGUGUUUGGUUGACAAGUGGGUGUGAAUUUGUAGAGAAGAAGAGGGGAUAUCGGAGAGAGGUGGUGGGGAGGGGAAGGGUGUUUUGAGAGGGAAGAAAAAAAGGGGGUUUUUUUGAUGAGUUUUGGGGGUUUUCUUGACAAUAGUUCUGGUGGCGGUGGUGCAAGAAUCGUGGCUGAUAUACCUUACAGCAACAACAUGGCCACUGGUGCAAUCGCUCAGCCACGCCUUGUCUCUCCAUCUCUUGCCAAGUCCAUGUUCAGCUCGCCUGGACUCUCUCUUGCUCUCCAAACUAGUAUGGAGGGUCAAGGUGAGGUGACUCGACUGGCAGAAAAUUUUGAGUCCGGUGGUGGCAGAAGAAGCAGAGAAGAUGAGCAUGAGAGCAGAUCUGGAAGUGAUAACAUGGACGGUGCUUCUGGGGACGAUCAGGAUGCUGCCGACAACCCACCAAGGAAGAAGAGAUACCACCGACACACGCCUCAGCAAAUCCAAGAACUUGAAGCUCUGUUCAAGGAGUGUCCUCAUCCUGAUGAAAAGCAAAGGUUGGAACUCAGCAGAAGGCUUAGCUUGGAGACCAGGCAAGUGAAGUUCUGGUUCCAAAAUCGCCGUACCCAGAUGAAGACCCAAUUGGAACGACAUGAGAACUCAAUUCUUAGACAAGAAAAUGAUAAACUUCGGGCUGAAAACAUGUCGAUAAGGGAUGCUAUGAGGAACCCAAUUUGCACCAACUGUGGUGGUCCGGCAAUUAUUGGUGACAUAUCUCUAGAGGAGCAGCAUCUUCGGAUUGAGAAUGCCCGCUUAAAGGAUGAAUUAGAUCGGGUUUGUGCGCUUGCAGGCAAGUUCUUGGGCCGUCCCAUUUCAUCAUUGGCUUCUUCUAUGGCCCCAGCAAUGCCCAGCUCUAGUUUGGAACUUGGAGUUGGAAGCAAUGGUUUUGGUGGUUUGAGCACUGUAGCAACAACAUUGCCUUUGGGACAUGAUUUUGGAGGUGGGAUUUCAAGCACGUUGCCUGUGGCGCCUCCAACAUCAACGACUGGUGUAACAGGCUUGGAGCGGUCUUUGGAGAGAUCUAUGUUUCUAGAGCUUGCUUUAGCUGCUAUGGAUGAAUUGGUUAAGAUGGCUCAGACUGAUGAGCCUUUAUGGGUCAGGAGCUUGGAAGGGGGACGGGAAAUAUUGAACCUUGAGGAAUACAUGAGAACAUUUACCCCUUGCAUUGGCAUGAAGCCCAGUGGCUUUGUCACCGAGUCUACAAGGGAGACUGGUAUGGUAAUCAUCAACAGCUUGGCUCUUGUUGAGACAUUAAUGGACUCGAAUCGAUGGGCAGAGAUGUUUCCAUGUAUGAUUGCCAGAACCUCUACUACUGAUGUGAUAUCAAGUGGCAUGGGGGGGACCAGAAAUGGUGCACUUCAGCUGAUGCAUGCUGAACUCCAAGUCCUUUCACCUUUGGUUCCUGUUCGCGAGGUAAACUUCCUCCGCUUCUGCAAGCAGCACGCCGAGGGCGUGUGGGCUGUGGUUGAUGUAUCCAUCGAUACAAUUCGAGAAACAUCGGUUGCACCAACAUUUGUGAACUGCAGGAGGCUUCCUUCUGGCUGUGUAGUGCAAGAUAUGCCCAAUGGGUACUCCAAGGUUACAUGGGUUGAGCAUGCAGAAUACGAUGAGAGUGCAGUCCACCAGCUCUACCGGCCACUACUUGGUUCUGGCAUGGGGUUCGGUGCCCAGAGGUGGGUGGCCACCCUUCAAAGGCAGUGCGAGUGUCUCGCCAUACUCAUGUCCUCCACCGUGCCCACCCGGGAUCACACAGCAAUAACUGCAGGCGGGCGGCGGAGCAUGCUGAAGCUGGCCCAACGAAUGACCGACAACUUCUGCGCCGGUGUCUGCGCUUCAACAGUCCACAAAUGGAACAAGCUGUGCGCCGGCAACGUGGACGAAGACGUGCGAGUAAUGACCAGAAAGAGCGUGGACGAUCCCGGGGAGCCACCGGGCAUUGUGCUGAGUGCAGCAACCUCGGUCUGGCUGCCGGUGUCUCCUCAGAGGCUCUUCGACUUCCUCCGCGAUGAACGGCUGAGAAGCGAGUGGGACAUCCUAUCCAACGGCGGACCCAUGCAGGAGAUGGCCCAUAUCGCUAAGGGCCAAGAUCAUGGCAACUGCGUCUCCCUACUCAGAGCCAGUGCAAUGAACGCGAACCAGAGCAGUAUGCUGAUUCUGCAGGAGACUUGCAUCGACGCGGCUGGGUCGCUUGUGGUGUACGCGCCCGUUGACAUCCCCGCCAUGCACGUUGUGAUGAACGGUGGAGAUUCCGCCUACGUGGCUCUCCUCCCAUCUGGGUUCGCCAUCGUCCCUGAUGGGCCUGGCUCUCGCGGGCCCAACUCUGGGGUCCACACCAACAGCGGAGGCCCAAAUAGAGUCAGUGGGUCCCUUCUCACCGUGGCUUUCCAGAUCCUUGUGAACAGUUUGCCUACGGCCAAGCUCACGGUAGAGUCGGUGGAGACUGUCAACAAUCUCAUCUCCUGCACCGUUCAGAAGAUCAAGGCCGCCCUUCACUGCGAAAGCUGAUCGUCAUGGACGGCGGGAUCAAGAGUGGCAGAAAUAAAAAUAAUGGGUUUCGAUUUUUUACUUUUGACAGGACAUGUUUGUAAUGGUGGUUUAGUUAUAGGAUGGAGACUCUCGAGCGUGGAGGUGCGGAAUGAGAGGAAAAAGGAGCUUGGUUAGCUAAAAAAAACAACUGGCAACUCGGGUGUGAGUCAAGAACGAACCGCGCGUGGAGAAUCCUUGCAGGGUGAUAAGAACAGUGGGGGACUGAGUUGACUCGGAGCGGAGUGUUCUUAGCACAAUGCAAGGGUGGUGGUUCGGGUAUUGACUCAGGUCGACCCGUGAGUUGACUCAAGUAGCUUGAAGCAUAAAUGAGUCAAGAAGGUUUAUAUAUUAUUAAAACAAGAAAAACUGAGACAAAAACAGGGAAAAAAAAGAGAGGGUAUUUUGGGUAUUGAAUUAUAUUUGACUGGAAAAUGUAGCGGCGGUAGUCGGCAGCUAUUUGUUUUUGAUGUUAUGUGUUAGCGUUCUGUUUGGUUCAUCUCAUUUGAAAAAAACUGAUCUGUUGUCGUGAUCUGAUACUUGAAUUUACCAUGUUACCCUUUACGUUC